AUGUCAAAACAAUAUCUCUCCCUCCACACGGUGGACGACGCCCACCCAACAGACAUUUUCGCCCUCGCCCCAACCCCAACUUCUCUCCUCUCCGCCGGCGGCUCGUCCUCUCUCCGCGUGCACUCCACGACCGACCCAACCUUCCCCCUCAUCCAAACCAUCCCCAACGCCCACAAGCUCGGCUGUCACCACCUAGUCACCGCGCGCCACGGCCUAGGGAAUGUCGCGGCCUCUGUUGGCUUCGGCGGGGAGAUCAAGAUCUGGCGCAAAAAGUCUCAAGGGAAUAAAGAAGAAUGGGAGCUCGACUGGGAGAUCCCCCCUACGAAGAGUAACGAAGACGGCGGGGUGUCGGGCGAUGUGUGGGCCGUUGCGCUGAGUGCGGAUGAGGGGUAUUUAGCAGCGACGACCAGUGACGGAAGGAUUGUGGUGUGGGAUUUGGGGGCGCGCGAGAAGAUCCAGACAUAUGAGACGGGGGCGAGAGGAGGGGGCAGUUUUGCGCUGUGUGUGGAUUUGAGUCGGGAUGGGAGGUUGACGGCGAGUGGACAUGAGAAUGGCGCAGUGUAUGUGUUCAAUAAUGAUGCGGGGAGGAUGGUUUACUCUCUGUCAGGCCUCUCUAAACCCGUCCGUGCCGUCUCCUUCUCCCCCGGCUGUAAACGCCUCGCGGCAGCCGGCAACGCCGGCGUCAUCGCCAUCUACGACAUGGACCACGGCGAGCACGUCGCCAACAUGAGCGCGCCGAACCCUCGCCCGGCAUGGAUCACGUCUCUCGACUGGAAUGAUACGGGCGACUACCUCCUGAGCGGGUCCCUCGAUGGCAAGGUGAAGGUGUGGGAUGUUGCGAGGGGCGCGUGUGUCGCGACACAUACUGAGACGGAGGCUGCGUUGUGGACGGUGAAGUGGUUGCCGAAAACGGAGAGGGCGCUCGCGCCGGGGAUGGGGAGAGGAGAGAUGUUUUGCGCGGCUGGAGCGAGUCGGAGCAUUGCUUUCUACAGAGAGGCAACGGGUUCAUAG